AUGUCGCACGACCAUAACAGGAAAGGAGAUGAGCUCUGUCGGUCUGGUGAAAACUUCGAACAAGACGGUUUUUCAGGUAACCUUUCAUCCAGUCAUGAUGCCUGCUGCCUUGCCAGAUCAUCUUUCCCCAGCCAGGCCCAGAAGUGUGUAACAAUGGAGUGUCUGGAGGAGGACCUGACCUGCUCUGUGUGCUACACCCUGUUCUCAGACCCCAGAGUCCUACCCUGUUCACACACCUUCUGCAAAAGCUGCUUGGACAGUGUGCUCCAGCUGUCCACGAGUCAUUCCAUCUGGCGCCCUCUUCGCCUGCCUCUCAAAUGCCCCAACUGUCGUAAUGUGGCGGAGCUGCCCCCGACGGGCACCGAAGCUCUGCCAUGCAACGUGUCACUGAAGGCAAUCAUUGAGAAAUUUCGCAGAGAAGGACACUCUCCCCAUGGGCCGUUUUGUGAGGAGCACCAACUACAGCCGCUGAACAUGUACUGUGUCCUGGACCGACAGCUCAUCUGUGGCUUGUGUUUGACGAUCGGAGAGCACCAGGGACACCCCAUAGAUGACCUCCAGGCUGCUUACAUCAGAGAGAAGCACACCCCACAGCAAUUGGCCAAACUCUCUGAGCAAAAAUGGACACAGGUCUGUGAACUGAGGAAGCAAUUGGAGCAGGGAAAGGAAUUCUGCGACGGUGUACUGCGACAAGAUAGAAAGGACGUUCUUAACUUCUUUCAAUCUCUGGCCGAGACACUGGGGAAGAAAAAGCAGGCAUAUCUGGAUUCUCUCGAUAAAGCAAACUCAGAGGUGGCAAGUGCAUAUGAUCCAUUGAUUUACAAAGUGAAAGAGUUGCAGGAGGAGCAGCUGGACCUGGUGUCCUUGGGCUCUGCUGUGGAGGAUGAGGAUUCUGCGCUGAUUUUCUUAGACAAAGUGCAUUUGUUUAGAGAGCGAGUGGAGGAGUUCAUCCAAACACCUUUGCCCUCCAUGUUGAGCCUCUCUGUGAGCCCUCGAGCCGCAGACUACCUGAAUACACACACUGGCCAGCAAUCACCAUCUGCAGUUUGGAUCAGGCGCCCAUUCCUAACGUAA